UACGUCACGCUAGAUAAUGUAUUUAAAGGGAUACUCCUUCGAUCAGUGAACUAUGUUUUUGUCUAAGGAUUCACGAUGACUGACGUAGAUAAUCUAAUUCUUAUCAUAUCGACGCUACAGGGAGACCUGGACGAAACUAAACGUAGACUAAAGGCAGAGACAUUGGAAAAGGAAAGGGCUCUAACGAGACUCAGUUCAAUAGCCGGAACAAAACUUACAUACAACAAUCCAGGUAUAACAGAUCUAUCAGACAAGAACAGACCACAGAAAAUUGGGGAAAAUUUCAAUGAACUCUACGACAAUGAGUGGACAGAAGCUAUUGACCAGCUGUCGGGGGGUCACGGGGAGGAAGGGGCAGUUCACAUGCUUAGGGAGGCUCUUAAGUUUAUUGCCAACAAAACAAAGUGCUCUGCUGACAAACAGUACAAGAAUUUACAAGAGGCGUUGUUUCAGAGAGAUUUGAGAGAAUCUGAGGCAGGGAAUUUUAUGACAAUCUACAAGAAAAUCAGCGAUCUACAGAAGGAUGUGUCCAAUAUCUCGGUGGCUAAUGCUAAAAAGUUUCUGAAGGAAGAUACAAAAUUUGUGUCAAAGUUUAAAGACGUGUUAUUUGGUUGUGAAGCUUUUGUGGACAGAUGUGUAGAAUUGUGUUGGAUGAUGCAUAUCCAGGACCCACCCAUGUAUUUAGAAUUUGAUACCCCAAACGUCAUUGACAAAAACAUGUUCAGACUGUUUACGAGAAGUGGAGAACAACCUGAUUACGUAGUUUGGCCCGCGUUGUUAUUACAUGAAAAUGGACCACUUGUUCAGAAGGGUGUAGUCCAACCUGUUAAAUCGAAUACUAAUGACAAUUCAACACCUACUAAACCAGAAAGAACGAUCAAAAAGUGAACAUUUAAAAAGUCGGCAAGAUAAAUUGAUCCACUGUCAGCUGAAAAUCGAUAUCUCAAACAUCGGUAUUUCGAAUACCUGGGAUAAAUAUGGAGGUAAUGAAGAGGUUCAACUGACUUACAACGAAGAAGAAGGAUAUGGCGAUAACGAACAGUAUUCAAUAACAAAGUCCAUAAAACAAUACAAAAUAGCAGCAGAGCAAACACAGACCUCCGAAACAUCAGAGGUGGGAUCAGGUGCCAUGGAGGAGUGAGCAUCCCCUGCUGACCGGUCACACCCGCCGUGCUCUCCUUGUCAUAAUUGGGAAAUAACGGAAAAAAACCGUCGUCAAUUCAGUGAAUAAAGAAUGGACUAACAAUUAGUAUGAAAAAUGUCAGUCAGCAUUUGACUCAAUGAUAAAUUGUAUUUGCUGACAAGGUCAUUGUAUCGACCAUAGAAUUUACUAAAUGAUUACUUUAAGCAAGACUGCUGAUAUUCUUGUUUCAACAACUUGUAUAUUAAAAUCUACAUUUUGAAUACUCAAAUAUCUGAUAAAUUUUCCUCGCUGUCAUUCCAACGAGGAUUCGUCUUCCAAUCGGGCGAAACAUGCUGUAUUACCCCCCCCCCCCCAAAAAAAAAAUAAAUAAAUAACUUUGACACUGAAUUUUGAAGCUAGUCAUUUUUAUUGAUAUCAA